AUGUCUUCAUCUGCGCCUCGCGGCGGCGAGCGCAUGAUCCAUCAGGAUUUCAUCGCCAGAAUCAGAUACUCCAAUGCACUACCGCCGCCCCCCAAUCCACCGAAGCUGCUCGACAUUCCCAACACUGGCCUCGCCAGCGGCCAGUAUACGACGCCCGGCUUCGCAUCACGUCUUGCCAGAGAGCAGCCGUUGAACAUCGAGGUCGACGCGGAACUGGGUAUGCCCCUGGACCUGGUUGGCAUGCCAGGCAUCUUCGACGGAGACGAGAGCUCAAUUCAAGCACCUUCACACCCUCCUCAAGUCCAUCCCCAUGAUCGACCACUCCUCAGACCGCUGUCCACACUAGGCAGAGCCAAGAGCAGCACCGAAGCCUCGGUCUCUUUCCUUCGCAGAACCGAGUACAUCUCCUCCGUGAUGCCCCGAAAGGGGGCUGCCGGCGCGGCCGGCGCCUUUAUAAACCCCAAGCUCAAGCGUCCCGAGAAGCGUCGCUCGCCGGAGCCUGACAAGGACUCUCCCGCUGCCAUCAGACGCAAGAUCGAGAAGAGCUUCGAAAGCGCCGAGCGCUUCCUCAGCAACCCGACCCGUCAUCGCCACCCGAGCAAGCCUAACGUCCGCCUCAUGUCAUCCCACCAGCUCCUUCCCGAUCAUGACGCGCUCCCCGACUCUGGCGCCUACGUCACCGUCAAGCUCCUCACCAACCCUGUCGCGAGCGGCAACAAGUACGACCGCCGCCUCCUCAGCGGUCUCCUGCGACCCCUCGACAGAAGCCGUGAAGAGAAUGAGGCAUUCCAAGCCGCCAUCGAGGCUCACGAGCGCGACCCCGCCCGCAACCCCAAGCCCCAGAACCUCAUGGACUACAGCUUCUUCUUGCCCGCAUCAGUUUCCACAGCUGAGAACUUCCGCUCCAAGUUUGAUCCAGAGAAUCCCGAUAAGGACGACGAUUCUCUGUACACACAUAAGAGCGAAGGCACCGACGGUUGCUUCAAGUUCUCGCGUCUCCGUGCCUACGAGACAACCAAAGAAACGGAGCUGGACCACAACACCAAGUACGACGAGGAGCUCAUCCUUGCCUUCAACGACGAGCCGACCAGCACCCGGCAGAAGGCCGCUUACUACUAUCCUGUCAUUCAACGCACCCAAAUCCGCCCUCAACGUGCCAAGAACAUUGCACGCACUCUCACCCAGGUGGAGGACGACACCCAGGUCGUCAACGAAGUUGAGAUUUCCGUCUGCGACCCCAAGGGUACGACCGCGGAGAACAUGAAGCGAUACCGUGAGAAGCCAAUUGGCUUCGUGGAGGAGGUCCAGGAGCCUGAAGGAGCCGAGGGCAAUGGCGAGGAAGCUGCCCUUCCAUCGCCCAGCCCUGAAAGGGAUGCUGACGGCGAUGAAGAGGACGAUGAUUAG